AUGGCCAUAUACCGUAUAUACUCCAAACAAAGAGAGGUCCAAUGUGAUAACGGGUGUCGAUAUCUCGCCGGACGAGGCGAAACUUUGUGCCUGGAGGAUGCAGGACUUAGACGCCAAAUAACACAAAUCAGACACAAUGUGUUAAACAAUACAAGCCAACAGCCGGCAUCAAACAUUUCUGGUGAUGGUAGAACACAACCUGGGAAUACAAUUCACCAGCAAUCGACUAUAUAUGGUCAACCGCAACAGAGCGGGACGUUUGGCCAAUUCGUGCAGAAUGUACGUGGAAAUAGUGAAUUCAACCAGCAGAGUAACUUUGGUCAGAAUUCGUUUGGACAAUCAGGAAGAAUUCCCCAGUCGAAUGGGGUUCCUCAGCCAUAUCAGUCAUAUCAG